AUGUUACAACCUCCGGCAGAUUGUCUUGAUGAAAUAUUACAAUAUUUGCACGAUGAUGCCGGAUCAUUAUAUUCAUGUUUAUUGGUGAAUAGGCUUUGGUGUGAAAGAGUUGUUCCGAUACUGUGGUGCAAUCCAUGGCAAAAUAGGCAACUUCUUAUAGACCGUACUCCUUGGCCAGCUAUUGUACGAACCUUGUUAUCAUGUCUUACAGAAGAAUCAAACCGAAUUUUAAUGAAAAACGGUAUAGAGAUAUCACAGCAAAUAUCACGGCCUCCCUUAUUUAAUUAUAUCAAAUAUUGUCAAUACCUAUCACCUACAGUAAUCGAUUGUAUAAAAAGAGAGUUGGUCAGCGAUGAUAACAAUACUGGCCUACCUAAAGCAUACAGAGAAACUCUCGUAGAACAAGAAUUCUACAAGUUGUUUAUGGCUAAAACUUGUCUCAAACAAUUAGUACUACCAAGAAUUCCAUUAUCCUAUUGCCCAGGCGCUGAGAACUGCCUUGAGAAACUUCGUGAGCUGAAAUGUCACACCGAUAGAUCCCCUGAGUUAUUUUAUGGAUUGGCUCAAAUAUCUAGAAAUCUUCUCAGAAUUAGUAUUUAUCCUUGUGAUCGGGACAAUGAAGGCUUAAUCGCUUUGAUCAAAUUACAAAAGGGAUUAAAAUCAUUGGUGAUGGGAUCUUCGGAGGAUCAUGUUAGUUCUUGUCCAAGGAUGGGGCAGGCAUUGUUGACUCAAGCGCAUUCUUUAACACAUAUCAAAUUUCGACAAAGCAUAUGCAUUGCGCCUACUGUUCUUUCAACAUUUGUCAAUUUAAGAGUUCUUCAAAUUGAUAUAUCAACUGAAAUUAUUAACAAAGAACAAUUGACUUUCAUUAGCAUACCAAAACUUGAGAUCCUUGAUAUUUUUCGUGAUGAAACAACACCAUUCAGCAUUUAUAUAAGCUUUAUUAAAAAUAUACCCCCAAAAUUUCAAAGAAUAUACUUGGGUUUAAUCAGUUCACCAUCAUGUUCAGCUGAGAUAAGAAGAUACAUUAAAGUAUUGUCUUUAUCACAUGCAACACUUAAAUUUAUUACGCUUUGGUGGGAUGAAGAUUGCAUAGAAGAUCUUUAUGGAUUAAUAAAUUCCUGCAAUCAAUUGGAAGCAAUACGAAUCUGUAGUCCAAGAGAUGAAAUACAUGUAUUUAAAGAAAUAUACAAUGACGAGCAAUCGAUCAAAGAAAUGGAUGAUACAUUAUUGUUAAGAGGAAAUCAGAUAUUCGAAUUAUUGAAAACGCUGCAUCAAAGAAUUUAA